GUGACCUCGAGGCCUUUCCGCAGGACUUGGAGACCCGGAGUUUCUCCGAGGUGUCUCUAAUCCCUGUGGCAGGUGCCCUCGAGACCCUUUUGCAGGACUUGGAGACCCGGAGCUUCUCCGAGGCGUCUCCAAUCCCUGUGGCAGGUGGCCUCAAGGCCAUUCUGCAGGACUUAGUGGCCCGGAGUUUCUCCGAGGCGUCUCUCUUUGCAGCACAGCAGCCUGAAGAGGUGCAGCAGGUGCAGCCCCCGCAGGAGGAUGCAGGCCAGGAGCGGACAGAAGAGCAGCUCCGUGCCCGUGGCCGCUUCCGCAGGGCAGCACAGACAUUUAUGAAAUUCAUGCGCAGUCGGCGUAGACAGUCCAGGAUCACACCAGCUGAUGUCCAGGCCCAGCCUGACACCAUCCCGACCCAGCUGACAAAGCCUGAUGUCAGCACCGCAUCGACUGCUGUCCCAGCAAAGUGUGACACCACAACCAGUGAUCCCACAACCCACUGGGACACCCCAUCGACCGAUGAUGUGUCACACUGUGACUCUGUGCUGCCUGGUCUCACGGAGGAGGCCGACGCCACAACGACGGAGGGCGUGGCGAGCACUGACACCGCGCCUGUUCAGCGCCUGACUGAUACCCCCAGCCUGGAGUUUCUUGAGGAGAGAGCUGUCUCUGCUGAAGUAACCAUAACACCAGACAGAGACAUGCAGCAGAGACCCCCCACGGUGCCCAAGCUGGCCUGGGUGAAGGAGGAGGAGAAGGAGGAAAGCCCUGGGGCUGCUCCAACACAGCAACCUGAAGAGGUGCAGCAGGUGCAGCCCCCACAGGAGGAUGCAGGCCAGGAGCGGACAGAAGAGCAGCUCCGUGCCCGUGGCCGCUUCCGCAGGGCAGCACAGCUGGUUUGCAGAUUCAUCAGAUGCAUUUGGCGUGAAGAGGCCACUUUCAUGGCCACUGGGGACACGGCAAACUCGAACCUCUUCAAUGCCCAGACCAGCGCUGCCCUGCUGGAUUUGCUUGUGCAGAACGGUGUCUACAAAGCAAAGCAAGUGCCGGCCAUAGUCAGGUGCAUCCACCAGUGGCUCACAUCCAAUCUGUCUGCUGAGCACAGGCUGGACAAGACUCUUGUCCUGCUGACCGAGGCACACCCUGUGGAUGUUGCAGUGACCCUGCUGCGCUCUGCCCCAGCCUGUGACAGAGCUGCUCGCACCAUGUGGAAGACGCUCGUCUCCUCCAGAGGGACUAAGGAGCCGGUGCUGCAGAUCCUCUUCCGUGUGCUGGAAUACUGGCCAGCGCACAGGAGACGCACCUCUGAUGGGGAUGAGAGCGAUGUCUUUGCCCUGGCUGCAACUGUGGCACUCUGGGAGAUCCUCCAGCUGUCCUGGUGCCCAGGGGCAGUGAAGGACAAUUUCCCCCGCCUCCUUCCGACUCUGCUCUUCCAAGUUUUCAUCAGCACAGAGGAGAUGUCAGAGGAGGUCGAGACCUUCUGGAGGCGAUGCCGGGAGCAGCGCAGCCUUCCCCCCAACCCCAACAGGUUUGCAGUGCAGACCGUUAAAGCCCUGCUGCUCCAGCUGCUGGAUGAGGACGUGCUGAUGGCGAUCGCUCGCAAGUGUGUCUGGGACAUGCUCCUCAAGGCUGACAGCCACCACUAUGCAGUGGGUCUGCUGGCCAGGGAGCUGUGCCGUGUCUCCCGCUCCAUCUGCCGCAGCAUCGCCGUCAGCCUGCUCCCGCGGCUCAGCAGGGAAGAGCCCCUGUGGGAACUGCCUGCCCUGGCCUUCCUGGUGGAGGUCCUGCACUGCCUGAACCCCAGACAAUGUGGGCCCAGCGUCCUGCAGAUAAUUUCAAGGCACCUGCGCAGCCAGUGCCCGGAGAGGCGUCGCCUGGCGCUCCGAGGCCUGGUGGUGCUCAGCAAGGCUCCCUCAAUGGCUAAGAGCAUCCGGAGCCUGAAUGAAAGCCUCCUGGAGCUACUGCAGGAUGCAGACACGGACGCAGUUCAGAUGACCCUCUCAGCAUUCAUCAAUGUACUGGGCUUGAAAAUCAUCCAAAUAUCCAGCCCAAUUGCCCUGAAGUUGCUUGAGGCGCUGCGGCCACUCUUUGACAACGAGCACAGCCAGCUGCAGCAGCUCUCCAUGCUCCUCUUCCGGGAGGUGAUGGAGGCGACAGAGAGGAGCAAGAGCCUGAAGCCACCCGUGUACCUGAGUCUGGUGCCAUUCUACUUCAACUGGCACGAUGAGAACCAGCGUGUGGCAGAGGCCUCUCGGAGAGCACUGUUUGGUGCAGCCAGGUUCCUGAAGUGGAGGGACCUUGAGCACUUGGUGACCAUGGAGCAGCCAUGGAGGUUUCCCGAGUGCCUGCUGGAAAAGGACAGGAGCCGAGUGGGCCAGUACGUGCGCCAGGCCCUGCCGUACCUGGAGAGCCCAGAGGAGCCCCUGCGAAAGCUGGCCAUCAAGUUUCUGGGGAUCGCCGCCAGGUCCAUGAAGCAGGAGCAGCCAGAGCUGCAGCUCAUCUGCCAAGCCCUUCAAGGCAUUUCUGAUGACAGCCCUACUGUCUCAAACCUGGCCGUUGAAACGCUCCACAUCAUCAGGACUGUACGGAGAACUCCAUUCUUCCCAUUCCGGUAG